AUGGAGCCUGGGGAGGACCAGAGGGCUGACGGUGUGUGCAGAGCACUCUCCACGCCGCUGCCCAUGCCCGCUGUGAACAGGCCCAGUCAAGGCUGCGCAGACCGGGCAGCUCGGCCACGGCUGAAGCCCCUGCACCUGGCUCCCUCUGCCUGCCCAGCCCUGCUCAUGGCGACUGGGGUCUCCUCUCCAGGGCUGGAAAGCAGGGGCUGGGCUGCUCCAGGCACCUCCUCAGAUGGAGGAAGAACAGAUGCAGACAACGGGUCGGGGGCCUUGUCUGAUGCUCACACUGACACAUCUUCCAGGGCCCAAGGGCACUGGCCCAUGGCCGCUCAGCAAGGUCUGCUGGUGGCGGUAGGGCCAGAGUACCAAGCCCACGGUGGCCGCUGCGACAGUUCCUGGCUGACUCUUCCUGGGGUGCCCGCGCUGAGUGCUCUGUGCAAGGUCGCUGUGGGGGCGUCAUGCCCACGGGCUGACACGCCUUCCAGGAGCAGGCUUCCCGAAGGCCUGAAGGAUGAAGCUCUACCUGAGCACAGAGGAUGCCAUCACCCUGCCAGGCCCCCAGGAACACUGGCCGGUCUGGCAGAAACGGUGACAAGCCCUGCUGUGCUGCGUGACCUCGAGCCAGCCAGUCCUGUCUCUGCUCUCAUCAGUGCCUGGAGGAGGUUGAACCAGGUUCCUGGGCCUCAGGCGCUGGCUGUGCAUGUACUCCGGGCAGGCCUGGUCCUGGGCUCCAUCCUCGCACCAGCAGGCAGCCACCAGGGAGGACCAGAGCCCCGCUGUGUUCCCCGUGACGUGACCACCCCUCUCCCUGCUCCGGGUUCUUGGACGCUCUGCAGAGAGCCUUCUGGGUGGCCCUCGGACUCGGCCUCACAGGUGCGCCGGGCCUAUUCACGCCUCUCCUCCGUGUGCGAGAGACAGGACCCUGCAGGGUCUUCACGCCACGCUCCGCCCCACGUGUGUGCCCGGUGUGCUCAGGGAGGCCUGGGCACGGACCAGAACCGCUCAUGCUUUUCCCUCCAGACCCUGGCACCUCUUGUUUGGGGUUGGCGAAAGCAUCUGGAAGGUCCCCUUCACCGUCAAGUAGGGGAACCUGCUAUAGGACAGCGGCCCCCGGAAGAGCCUACUUAGUAGAGUCCGGGGGGAGCUGGUGGUUAAGGUGCUGGAGCCCACGUGGC